AAAUCUGCAAAAAAAGAAAAGAUGUGGAGUGGGCUGCUACCUCCUGGCCUAAAUGAAAGUGAUGUUGAGUCAAACUCUGAAGAUGAAGCCAUAGUAGAGAACUCUGGAUUUAACUUACAGGAAGAUAAAGAAUAUCAGGCCACUAGAAAAUUAGAAAUCUUAGAGUUCCCUACAAAUGGACCAAAAACUGAAACAGAGGCAAAUGUAAAUGCAUAUGAAGAGUGUCCAUCUGGAAUUUCAUUAAAUAUGUGGAAUAAAUUUCAAGAAUUGCAUAAAAAACAUUCAGAACAGGAAAACUCAGCCUCAAGAUUCAGGAGGAAAAAAAGAAAACACUCCAGGAAAGAUAAAUUGAACAAUGGAGAGACAUCUCAUAGUGAACACUUACCAAAUGAAAUCCAGUGGAAGGAACUCACUCAGUAUUUUGGAGUCAAUGAAAGGUUUGACCCCCCUGUAAAAAAGAAAAAAAUUGAGAAGUCAGGUCUUGAAAAGAGCAUAGACCAGGCUGUGGAAGAGUGGAAUAUUGAGAAAGCCGAGGAACUCAGCAACCAGCUAGCUACUCGAGAGCUUGGUGUAAAAAUUGCCAAAGCUGUUGCCUGCCACAAUUUUGUAAAAGCCAAGAAGGCUGCUGAAAAUUCACAGGUUGUUCAGAAAAAGAAGAAACUUGCAUGGGGGUUUGAAGCAAAGAAGAGAUGGGAAACCAAAAACAACAUGGAAUAUAUGUAACUUGCCAGGGGUCU